AUGAAUGAAUACUACUACCUAGUAGGAAUUUGUAAACUACUAUCGAAUACUUCGCAUUUGAUCGUCACUGCACUCAAAUUCGAACUCGGUAUGGUCGGCAUAUCAUUCAUCAUCAUCUGUUUAGGGACGCUGCUUCUGUGGAAACUGGGAAAUGCAUAUCAUGGGUUUAGGAAAUAUAGGAAGAGAGCUUUGAGUACUGGAUUUCCGGUUAUUGAAACGCCCAACCAUCGCAAUUCCUUCCUUAAUCUCCGUAGUAGCUAUGAUAUUCAUGGCGAUACGUAUAUAUUCGCAGCAUCGAAUUUAAAUCUGCUACGCACCACAAAUGCGGAAUUGAUAGCACAGUUUACGACGAGGAAAAAUGAUUUCGUUAAACCGGUGAAGAAUUAUAAGGUUCUGGAGGUUUUUGGGAGUAAUAUAGUUACGACGGAGGGAGAGGAAUGGAGAAGACAUAAAAGGGUUGUGGGGAAGAGUUUUGGGGAGAAGAGUAUGGGGUUGGUGUGGGAAGAGAGUAUUAAGCAAGCGGAUGGAAUGUUGGGGUUAUGGAGGAGGAGGAAUGGAGAGGGAGGGAGGAGAGGAAAUAUGAAUGAGGAUUUGGGGUUGAUAGUAGAGGAUGCGGGGAGUGAUACGGCGAUUUUGAGUUUACAUGUUAUUUGUGCGGUGGGGUUUGGGGUACCACAAUUGUGGGAGGGAGAGGAGAGUGAUGAAGUGGUGGAUAGGGAUGAGAUGGUGGAUGAGGAUGAGAAGAUUGAGGGCGGCGGAACACCAGAUUUGGGUUUGAAUAAACCGGUUGGUGAUCAUACAAUGGGAUUUAAAGAUUGCAUUAAUUUGGUUCUGAGUAGUCUUAUAGUAAGUGGCAAGGUUCUAUGGCCAACAUGGGUUUUGAGAAACAUGCUCAAAACAUCCACCGAAUCACCCAUCCCCUACAAAUCCCCACAAAACAACGAUACACCACUCACCGAAUCCGAAAUAAAAGCAAACGCCUUCAUAUUCCUCCUAGCCGGUCACGAAACCACAGCCUCAAGCAUCCAUCUCUGUUUCGUCUAUCUAGCCCUUUCCCUCUCCUCCCAAAAAUCCAUGCAAAAAGACAUCGACAAAAUCAUCGGUACCAAACCCCCCAAAAUAUGGUCAUACAUACAUGAUUUUCCAAAACUGUACAAUAGCAUGAUAGGUGCCGUUCUCAAUGAAGAAUUAAGAUUACUUCCUAUAGCGGAAACGAUACCGAAAGUCACGGUGGGUGAUCAAUGGGUCAUGGUUGAUGGGGUGGAGAAACUCGUUCCGGGAAAUUGUUACGUUCAUCUUAAUACUGUGGGGACGAAUAGGAAUCCGAGGUAUUGGCCUCAUGAGGUUUUGGAGGGGGGAAAAACGGAUUUAGAUGAUUUUGUGCCGGGGAGGUGGAUUGUGGGGAGAGGUGAUACGGGGGUCGGGGAGGAGCGAGGGAAUAUGGUUUCUGUGAGUGAGGAGAUGCAGGAGGAGGAGGAGGAAAAAAAUACUUUGGAUUCUGUACAUGAUGAUAUUUCUCCUCAUUCUACAUUAUUCAAACCGGUUAAAGGAGCAUUCCUCUCGUUUAGCGAAGGAGCACGCGCUUGUCCGGGAAAGAAAUUCGCUCAGGUGGAAAUAACAGCUGUGUUGGCGAGUAUUUUUAGGGGAUUUAGUGUGGAGUUGGAUGUAAGUAGAUGGGCAACUGAUGAACAGGUAGAAGGGAUGAAUAGAGAGGAGAGGAAAGUAAUUUAUGAGAUUGCGAGGAGAAAGGCGAAAGACGUGUUAGGGAGAUGUAAUCAAGCGCAGUUAGUGUUGAAGAUGGCGGCGGAGGAUAGGGUGCCCUUGAGGUUUGUGGAGAGAGGGAGAGAGAGAUUUGAGGGGUGUUGA